CCGAGCUAGUAAGGUUACACAGACGCUCUGUGUUCGGCAGUCGGCAGUAAACCCGGGAAAUAUAAAGUCAAUUAACGUUCGACAACUUUAAAAGUGCGUGUGUUAAUAAAAUUCUAUUAGGCCUUUUAAGGUCGUAAACCACAAUGAUGAUCAAUCUAGGAGUGACGUGACCGGAGAUGGAAAUGUUCUGUUGUGAUUCGCUUCACAGAUUGGUGUUGGACGUUCUGAAUUAGUUCAGUGUCUAGUGUUAUAGGAUGGACAAAAUACAGCUGUGAAUCUUAAGGUGAAGUGGAAUCAUGAAGUAUUAUCGUUGGCAAGCAGGGCCUUUGUGGGCUGCCACUAUAAUACACUUUGCGAUGGCAACAUCGACAACUCAAUCGCCAGAAACGACUACACUUUUUCAGAGUCAGAAAUCUACGGAGAGUCCAAGUUUUGGAAGUUAUGCUUGGAGUACGUGGGGUAGCUGGAGUGCCUGUUCUAGGUCUUGUGGAGGAGGCGUCGCCUUCCAGGAAAGGCAAUGUCAGCGAAGGCCUCAAAAUCUGGUAUUAAACUAUACCCUUCCUACUCCAAUAAUAACAGUAAGAGUGACGAGAGAAAUAAGACCGCGUGACUGCACUGGUGUUUCUAGAAGAUACCAUGAAUGUAAUACACAGCCAUGUCCUGGAAAAGAAAGGGACAGACGAGCUGAACAAUGCUCCACCUACGACAGGAAACCAUUUAGAGGAAGAUUUUACACCUGGGUGCCUUACAUAGACGGCGAUGCACCCUGUGCGCUGAAUUGUCGUCCACUCGGUCAUCACUUCUAUGCCUCUCUCGCUUUAGUUGCUGACGGUACACCUUGUACCAUACAAGGAUACAGAGCCAUCUGCAUACAGGGCGUUUGUAAGAGUCGAGGCGCCGCGCCAGAUCUUUGAUUGGAU